GAAAUAAGACACUUUUCUUUUCUUUCUUUUUUUUUUUCUUUUUUUUUUUUUUUGUAUGGCGUGAGUGCGAGAGAGCAGUGCCCAGCAUCAUGACUGGAAACUUAAAAUUGCUGGUGUUCCUUCUCGUCGCUGGAAUAGGGAGAGCUGAGGCUGCAUGCGGACCUAAUGAAUUUGCAUGUGCCUCCCAUGAUCAGUGCAUCCCUGACGACUAUGUGUGUGAUGAGAUUGAGGACUGUGAUGAUAACUCAGAUGAGGAACCCACCAUUGAUGAUUGUCAGGCGUAUUUAGGAAGGCAAGAAGAGGUGGAAUCAAGUUUCACUGCAGUCUCCCAUGAUGACGAGGAUGAUGAUGAACAAGCACCAGUUGAAAAGGAACCUCCUCAGCAGUGUGCUCUCAGAAAGUGCGAAGUUGGCUCCAAGUUCAAGCUGGUGGACGGUCUAACACACUACUAUACUUACGAAACAAAGUCAGUGACGGUAGUGGCGGGCUCCUCUCCCUCCAAUACUUCGCUCGCAAUCCGCGCCCAGCUGGCCUUCACUGUCCUCACCGCCUGUGAAUUGGAACUUCAGGUCCAUGACAUGGUUGUGGAGACGACCCGCAGCGACAGUGGAGGCCAGCUAGAAUCAGUGGAAGACAACGCCUUCAUCGCCGCCGUCACUAAAAAUCCCUUGAGAUUCGCUUACCAUGACGGCCUGGUGGAGGAAAUGUGUCCCCUUCCUGACGAGGAUCCUAAUGCUCUCAACUUUAAGCGGGCGGCUGUCUCUUUGCUCCAAAACACCAUGCCUCGCCUCGACCUUGACCAUCACACCACAGAGACUGACGUGGUGGGUCACUGCAAGGUGGACUACCAGGUGGCGGGAGUGGCCGGUAAAGGCCUGGUCCUGAAGAAGACCCGCGACAUUCCCUCCUGCACCACCCGAUCCUCCACCACCUCCUUCAUCAAGGGUGUUGAGUAUGAUUUUGUCGGGGGCAUCCACACUCCGCCGCUGCUGGACACGACUAGCGAGUGCGUGCAGGUGGUCGCUGAAGGGCGAAUAGAGAGUGCGCGGUGCCAGGAGCUCCACCGCUUGACGCCAUUCAGUUCGGAGAGAGGCGGGAUCUUCACCACGAUCACUCAGACACUCAACUUCACCCACAAGUCCUACUCUUCCUCCACGAUGGGCAGCGUUCAUGGCCGGACCAACUUGUUGUACGAUUACCACAACCAUGUUCAUGCCGAAGGAAACCCUACUGACGGAGUGGACGAUGCGCACUUCUGGGGAUCCCUCUCAAACCAAAUCCUCGACAAGAUUGCUGAAAACAUGGAGAAUGAGGGUGUUGGCACCAAUGCCCCGCGACUUUUCUUGGAGUUGGUUCAGGCUCUCCGCCACCUUAGUUUCCAAGAGCUGUGGGGAAUCAACGAGGAGCGAAACUGGGGACCCGAGCGGAUUGUGUUCGACGACGCUCUCCCGAUGCUUGGCACGGGAGGCAGCGUGGGAGUGAUGCGCGAUCUCAUGGGGCAGGAUCACAACAACAUUCUCACUAACACAUGGCUCACCUCCCUCUCCUUCAUUUCCAGACCUGAUCUGGACACUAUUUUGGAGGCGGCGCCACUGCUAGAGAUGGAGAGGGUGCACGCUGACGCCUUCCUCGGGGUAGGUUCCCUGGUGCAAGCCUAUUGCCGCGACCAUCCAUUCUGCACCCAGGCACAGCCCAUCCUCAGGAUCAUGGACACAUUGCAUCAGUUCAUCAGGAAUUCCUGUCACAGGGAAACUAAACAAGAUAAGAUCCAGGUCCUGAUGGCGAUGAAGGGAAUCGGCAACGCGGGAGCGGCAGUGACGGAAGGUAUUCCAGGGAGUCUGGCGCAAUGUUUUUUCAACGAACAGAAUGAAAACGAAAUUCGCUUAGGUGCCAUCACUGCUUUCAGACGAUUUCCUUGUGAGGUGUCACGAGGCCCACUUCAGAGACUCUUCCAGGAUCAUACUCAGGAUGCCGAGCUGCGCAUUGCCGCAUAUCUCGAACUGAUGCGUUGCCCAGACUUCCAGGUGGUUAAGGUGGUCAAGCAGACACUGCUCAACGAGGAGGUCAACCAAGUGGGUUCCUUUGUGUGGACGCACUUAGAGAAUUUGAAGGAGACGAGCAUGCCCUCUCGCGCACACCUGCAGGGUCUCAUCUCAAACGAAGACAUUGCCAGCAAGUUUACUGCAGAUGUCAGGAAAUUUUCUAGAAAUAUCGAACUCUCUGGAUUUUACGAUCAACUCAACGUUGGUGGAAAUAUGGACGCCAAUGUGGUGUUCUCCCAGGAGUCAUACAUCCCGCGCUCCGCAACCUUCAAUUUCACCACAGAUCUCUUCGGCCACUCACUCAACCUUCUAGAAAUUGGUGCUCGAAUCGAAGGCUGGGAUCGUGAACUGGAUUCCAUGUUCUUCCGCUCCCCGUCCACUCCCGACAGCGAACCAGCCCUCUCUAAUCCCAAGCUGCGUGAUGUGAUGUCGAGAACGCAAAAGAAAGACAAAUAUAUGCAGAAGGACGCUGAGGUAUCCUUCCACAUGAAGACCUUUGGCAACGAGAUUUAUUACCGUCAUCUGCAUGGCAUCCAGGAGGUGGUGCAGGCACUCGGCACCCUCAACCCGGCAGAGAGAAUACGUCGCCUUAACAUGGGAGAGGACAUCAACCUUCAGAAGUCAUGGCUGGCUACUGAGUCAGCGUACAUCAUUCCGACCACCGCGGGGCUGCCCCUCAAUCUCAGCAUCACCGCCAGUGUGGCCCUCAACGUUCAUGCCAGUGGCAAAAUUGAUGUCUUCAACCUGUUGCAAGGGCGCGGAGGGAUCAGCGGAAGACUCAAGCCCAGCGUCGGGGUGGAAGUGGUCGGUUCUAUGCUGGUGGAUGGACAUGUAGCCCAGUCUGGUGCGCAGUUGGUUUCCACACUCCACUCCUCCACGGUGGUCGAAGGCAGAUUCGACAUCAACGGCUCCGAGCUUGUCCGGGUGGAUCUUGCCAUGCCCAGGGACAAGAUUGACAUCAUGAAUAUUUCGUCCAGUCUUGUGUUAAUCCACGGGUCAGCAGAGGCAGCAGUACAGCAUUCCCGGGAGUCAUUAGAUGGUGUGACAAGCGAUCGCAUGGAGUUGACUGGAUGUUCGGCUUACCAGGAUAAGUUAGGAGCAAAGCUAUGCUGGAAUGUGCAGUAUCCCAAUGCUUCUAGAGUACCGGAGAGCCCCUUCUUCCCACUUACUGGGCCUGCGCAGCUGCAGCUAGCCCUUCACAAAACAGAUCCGACGCUCACCACCUACCAGAUUCGCUACACGUGGGAACGUAGAAGGCUGUACCGCACCUUUCUGCUGUCAGUGAACACACCAGGUACAGCCAUUCCACGGGAACAUAGCAUCAGCUAUAAUAUCAACUUCGGCUCUCAGAACAUUUACCUGGAUCUGCAUUCUCCUCAAACAAAUAUAUCAGCUAGAGGUCGUUAUGUGGAUAGCAGGAGGGAGCGGCGGGCGGAUCUCAGUGUGGAGUUGAAUGGCCGAGAGGUGGCAACCCUUACUGCAGGCCUUGCUGCCCACAGUAGGCAGGGGCGAGAUGUGAUUAGGCCCAUCUUCACCGUCACUUAUCAAGGCCAGGAUGCCAUCAGGGUCACAGGUGUGGUGGACCGUCGUCAAAACCGCAAGACAGAACUGAUGGAGGUUGAUAUGCAAGUGAAAUGCUUACUGCCACAGGAGGAUGGACGUUGGGUGAUGGCUGCUGGAACCAUAAAGGGUGACCUCAGCCUCAGUGAGGGCGAAUGGACUGGUGGCCUUGAGGCACUUUACAGUCCCUCGGAGUCAGCAGCAAGGGAAAGCAUCAAUCUGGAAUACCGGUGGACCAAAUCACUCUCUGCUUCCUCAGACAUCAAGACAGAGCUCAGUGUCCGCUUUUUCUUCUCACAGUUUCCAAAUAUAAAUUUCAAGGGCCAGUUGUUGAGACGGGUACAUUUUGGUACAAGAGAAAACAGUUUGCAGCUUAAUUUUGGUGAAAAUUUUGAGGAUAUAAAUCAUCGUGUUGAUAUAUAUGAAGCCUUCACAUACCACAACACUGAGACAGCCACAAUUUUCAACUUCACUACUAGCAUUAAGCAGCGUUUGCGAAACCUUGACUUAAAAUUUGGAACGGACUGGUAUCGAGACAAGUAUGUCCACAACACUGGAAUCCUCAUUCAGUAUGAUACAAAUCAUCGGAUAGAAUCACGGCUGCACAUGAAGUGGAAACCACUUGGGCUGGUUGACACAGAAGGUUCUUGGUUUCUCAAGAUUCCUGGAAGAGUGGACUGGGAAGUAAAUGGACAUAUCAAGGAAAACAUCGUCAAAAAAUAUAUGUUUGAAGUUGAAAUAAAAGCUGGACACAACUGGCGACUUGAAGCAAGUGGAACAUAUAGUGACCAUUCAACUCUCUUGGAACAGUUACACAACCUUCAAUUAGAUCUUCAUCUUCCAAGCUAUGGUCUCACAAGAAUCAAUAUGACAAUCCACUCCAACAACCACCGCAUGAGCCUUGACACACAUGUUUUAUUAAAUGAUGGAAGGAAAUAUGAGGUGAGGAUAGCUUAUGAAAGGAGGCUAGACCACAUGCAAGCACAAGAACAUAUUCUCCAUUUUGAGCUCCACAUGCCCAACCAGCUGUACAUCCUCAAUAGCGCCAUUAGUUUUGGUACUGUUAUUACUUUUACAAGUGAAUUACACCUUGACAGACAACGUGACAUUCAUCUGAGUGUGACAGCAGAUAUUCUGCAACCAAGAAAAACUGGUCUUCAAGUUCUCUUAAAGUGGAAUGCUAACAGGGAUCCAAAUCAGAAGAUGACGAUUGAGAUGCUGUAUGUGAAUCCAAAUGACAGAGUGUCUAACUUCACCCUGAAUGGCCUCUUAUUCUUCUUGGGUCAACAGUAUCGAGUCAACUGGAUGACUGAGAGAAGAUUUGAAUAUAUGGAGAGGGAUAUGAUCUGGGAAAACAGAAAUGAAGGAUCCUUCAGCUGGAUGGAGCAGAGUGGUCACUUGCAGGAGAUAGCAGCUAAUGUGACCAUGAGGUUCAGACGUGGUAACACAGCAGAAUUGUAUGGCAUGUUUGACUUGGAUACACCAUUCCUGCAUUGGAAAAAAAAUUAUCUUGAACUAAAAUACUUCCGAAAUGCCAAUCAGAUAGAAAGCAAGUUGAAGGCAAGAUGGCAUGAUGGAGAAUUUAUAGACUUGCAGCUAACAGCUCAGAAGCAUAUCCAGGACAGCAACUUCCGAAUAGAAACAAGACUGGAUGUGAAUUCUUCAUUUGAGGGUCUUGUCUAUGCUAGCACAGAAGUCUGGAUUGAGAAGAAAUUAGGUGUCAUUGACUUAAACUUUUAUAUACAGUGGGACAAAGACAGAUUGGAGGUCACCCUUGAAGGAAAAGAUGACAGCUCUGAAGCAGAGACAAGAUUUUCACUCUUUGGACAAAUUCUCACCACCAUUGAAGGCUACCGUGAAAUAUCGUCUGCUGUUGAUUUCAUCAUUGGUCCCAGUAGCACUGAUAUUCAUGCUACAGCAAAAUGGGAGGGACACUUCUAUAAGAUUACAAUGAGUGGUACCAUGUAUAAUGGAUUGGAGUACCUUCGUAUAGGAGUGGAUGUGGAAGCAGACCAUCAUGAAGAGCCUCUAGUAACAGCCUCCUUCCGUGUGUAUCAUGACCCUGAAACCUUGGAAGAAAAACUUUCGAUUGUCUUAAAGUGGCUUGAGGAGGAGGUACUUGUGGAUGGUCAAGUAGUGACAUUGCCCCACCGCUUCAAGGCUGGGAUUGAAGUGGAGUCAACUUUUGAGGAGUUAGAGAGAGCAGUUAUUGUUCUUGGUUUUACAAAGGACACUGUUAUGAAGACUGAAGCCAAAUUGCAAUGGAAUGAUAAUGUUGAUGCUGGAUUUGAGCUAUUGGGUCAGGUGACUUCACUCACAGACUUCUUCAUAAGUUGCACCAUACACACACCUUUCUCAGGAAUGAAGAUAAUAAAGGGUGAAUUGAGAAACCUAUUCCAGCUACAACCUCAAGUUCAUGUCCACCCAAGAAUCUAUGGCCAGUUGGGAGAUAAAAAGUAUGGACUUGGAGCACGCUACGAGCAGGGUCAGUUGCCUCGUCUACGUGUAGCCUUGGAGUUAUACACUCCUCUGCCUGAGCUGCACACUGUUUUCCUAGACUUAUGUGAUAAUUCAACCGUCUCAGAUGUGAAGUAUGGUCUUGUAAUGAAGUAUGGGCCCACCAAACACCUCAGGAUUGAUGUGGAUCUAAAGGAAAAGACUGGUGGGAUGGAAGGCCAAGCAGUGGCUGCUUUGCCUUUACAGUCACUAGGUGAAGACUUAGAAGAUGCCACACUUGAGGCCUCAGGCAGCUUCCUCUGGGUGCCUGAACCCAAACUGGAACUCACACUACUUUCCCGGUCCUCUUCCCUUACUAAGGUUGAGGUGAAGGCCAGUUUCAAACAAGAGGAUGAGGGGAAACUUCAGUUAACUAUCACAACCCCAGUGAGUGGAUAUGAAAACUUGGACCUAGCCAUUGAAUAUUGUCUUCCUGUUAAUGAGCGUCCAGGACACUUUGAUGGCAGGUUAAACACUUCUGUCAACAGUGAGUUCCAUUUGAAAGGAACAGGUACCACCAAGGAGUUAGAAGGAUCUUUUGUUACACCAUAUGCACCUUUCAGAAAUGGGAAUUUCAUGUGGAAGAUGACAUCCCUUGAUGUUGUGAAAUCUCGCCUGGUGGCCAAAUUUCAGUGGGAGAACAGCAACAUUGCUCUUGAUGCUUCAGUCAAAUUCCAGCAGCGUUUCAUCCAAAUGUUGGAAGGAACACUGGAGACCCCUUGGGAAGAUCUGGGCCAUUCCAGCAUCCGCCUUGUAGGACAGCCACAGGAAGGGGGUUACAAGAAUCAGCUUGUGCUACGGGGCAUGGAAACUACCUACAGAGGACACCUCUUUUGGAAGUACCGUGAUGAAAAUGACUGGGAUGUUGACAUACAGGUUGAGCCAGAGAACAGAGGACGUGGAGGAAGAUAUAGAUUGCAGGUAGCCCUGACAAAUCUUGAACAUAGACCUUUCAAGUUAGCUCUCCAUAUGAGCACACCUCAUCAAGGUUUCCAGACCUUUCACUUUCAGCUGCUUCUUCAGCGAUCACAGGUUCCAUACAGUAUGACAGUUGAUUGGGACUUCCCUGUGGGUGCUGGCACCAUCGAAAUUGACAUCACUGAAUUAUCUUUUGAUAAGGUAGAGGGUAAAACUUCUCUUGUACUAAGAAAGCAACCAGGCUCACAUACUUCCUACAUGGUGGAUCUUAAUCUCUCCAGUGGUCCAUCACAAGAUCUGAUUGAUGUUGGGGGAAGUGUGGAAUUCAAAAGCAAUCAUGAAUACUGGGAUCAGCUUGUGUUGAGAGGAAAAGUACGACAGAUAACAAAUGAUCCCGGAGAAUUGAGUCUAUACCUGAUGUGGCCAAGACUGGAUCCCAUUACUUUCAUAGCUCGUGCUGAACAUCAGAACACUGGCCACCUUCUCAUCAUUAAACCUCUCAUCUCCUUGAACCUUACUAGUGCUCAUUAUAGCUUCAAUGGAGAGAUGCUCAGAGAAGGCCAGUACCUCAAUCUAACUGGAGUACUAGAUUGGAAGCGGGAAUUUUCUGGGCCCCAACAGGUACUUCUUUACUCCAGCCUUGUCUUCAACGAAGGAAAUGUAAAUGGUCACCUAACCUUGAGUUUGCCCAUGGUAGAAGGUUGGCAGGACAACAAGGCUGACCUAUUUUAUGAAACCCGUGAAGGGAGGCACUGGUUCAGGUCAUCUAUAGUCACAGGAUCAGAAGUUACCACAGUGACUGGCAAUAUGCUGGCACAAGGCUUUCCAGCAACUGAAGGCACUAUUAAUGUUACCUCAACCCUGAAGUGGGAGAAUCAGCCACUGACUUUUAACUUCAAGCAGGAUCUCAAUGACAUUGGUUACAAUGGAGAUUAUUACCUUGAGUGGCCUACCAGAAUGAACAACACCUCACCUUGGAAGAGGAGUCCUAUCCAGGCCUCCCUAAGGCACCGUUUUCUGGAGGCUGGCCAUGGGGGAACUUUUAAAAUAACUUACAAGCGCAUCAUGAAAAAACCCAUUGAGAUUGACUAUGGGUUCAAGUUUCCAGCUACAGGGGAUGUAACAGUGGAGCUAGGUGCCACCUACCAACGUAUCAAAGUCAAGGUGAAAGUGGACCGUGUCACUGCUGUGGUGGCAGAAAAUGUUAUCAAGCAGCGUACAUCCUUUGAGUUCAGCAAUCCUCUUUGGCCAUUUGGUGUUGCUUCUACAAAGGAAACAAAUACAAAAAGUUCAACAGAAUUAGAGACAGUGACAACUCUAGAACUCUAUGAUCUGCAUGAUGUGUCCCGUCGCAUCACCAUUACUCUCAUCCGCAACACAGCACAGAGCAAAAGAAAUUCCGUUAUUAAAGUGAAAAGUUUUGGUAGAGAGAUUUUCAUCAACAUGGGGUAUGAUCUCACUCCUGGAAACUUCUGCAUAAACUUUCUACUCUCAUGGGCAGAAGAUAGGAAAAUUGAAUUUGAUAUAUCUUGGACAGAUGUGUCUAAGGGAUUUUCUAAAGAACAGAUCUUGAAAGGAAAGUUCUCACAGCCAUUUAGGACUGUACUUCUUGAUGGAUAUUAUAUGCACAAUAACAAAAAUGUUACCGCCUUCAUAAAAUUCAAUUGGGAUGGUAUGAAUCCAAGUGAAGAAGUAGUCAUGGGGCAACUUCAGUGGACUGAUGAAAGCACCAAGAAUAAAAUGAUUCACAAGACCCUUGUCAGCCUCUCACACCCUCUUCUUGAGAAGAAUAUAAAGGUAUGGGGAGAACUGCAACAGGAUGACCUGGAGGAACUAACUAUUGAGGGGCAAAUGGAGUAUUCUUCAGAUCCACUGAAGAACUUGAAGUUGGAGAUGAUCAUGUUGAAGGAUAAAACUCGUAAUGAUGCUGUGGUGAUCAAUGAAAGAGCAGUUCUCAUGCAUCCUGCAACUAAUCUCACCUUGAAGACCAAUGGGAGCUUAGAGGUGAACAGAAUUAAGUGUGCAUUGCAGCAAGACUUCAUGUACACCAAUUACUCUGGUCAUCCUUAUAGAGCACAUCUUAUCACUGGUGUUGAUCUUUUGCAGAAAACUCUUCAGAUUACAUUGGAAACAUGGACAAAGUUGGUGGAUGUUCUAGUGGAGGUGGAGCAACAGAGAGAAGAUCAGUGGAUUGUUUCCACUACCAGUUAUCCUGGACAGGAGACACCUCUUCUGACAAGUGUAGAGUUUCAUCCAUCCCAUCAGGUCAUCACCAUAACAUUUGACAACCUCCUGACCAGCAAUACAACCUAUGAGACAGAUUUCCCAAGAUAUAUAGCUGAACAAGUGGUUGUUGAGGGUGGCUUGGAAGACCUUCGCAAUGCCAGGUUCUCUAUGAAACAUUUACAGCCCAGCUGGGUGAAUGACGGCCAGCAAUGGCAGCAACAGGAACAACAAGAGCAAGAACAACCACCAUUAUGGGUACAGGAUGCAAACUUUUAUUUCCGUCUCAACAACUCUCGUCUCCUUACAUCUCGGUUUGAUUGGAGACCAGAGAUCAAGCAAGAAUUUUUGAAUGAAAUUGGUGAGUUCAUUGGUGCUUCACAUGAUUUAAGAAGGAAUGCAGAAGAAUGGCUUCAAGCAAUGCUUAAAAAGAUAGGGGAAGAAUGCCUUUCUAGGGCCAAACCAAUAGUGGAAGACUUGGUGCAACAUACUAAACCCAUCAUCAUUGACUUCAAAGAUGAAUCAGAGGAGUUUGUCUCUGAUAUGUGGCAGCUCUACAAUAGCAUCAACUCAACUGCCAUGGAACUGAGGGUUCGAGAGUCUGUUCAAUUUGUCAUUCCUACCAUCCUACAGUCUCUACAGGAAAUCCCUCUGUUCCAGGAGCUAAAAACAAAGUUGGCUAGAGGGGAGUUAAAGGGCCAGCUUAGUAGAUUUUUGAGAAAGCUUCAAGACUUCAUUCAAGGUGUCUUUUCUGAUGUGGAAGGACCUGGCCUCAAAGAAAAAUUGAAGACCCUGUUUAUUAUGUUAGCUGAGAGAUAUGACCAGUAUGCCAAGCGUCUUUACCUGCAAGCCCGAGAGUCCAUUGAAGCCUUCACUCAUCGCCUGGCAGAAUGGUUCUAUGUCAAGUGGCAAGCUGUUUAUAAUAAUUACAAGCCACACAUCCUCCGUACCUUUGACGAUGUGGAAACCAAUGCAUGGACUUUUGCUGAAAAUCUAAUUGGUUGGAUGAAACAGCUUGGCCUAGAGGUAAAAUCAUCAGCCUAUUAUCAACGCAUCCAAGAACUGGCCACCUACCUGGAAAAAACAUACAAAGACUUUUCAGAAAAAUCAAAACGAGAAAAUCUGGAAGAAUACUUCUCAGUGCUUAUAGAAAAAAUAAAAAGUGGAGCAAAAGCUUUCCUUGAUCUGGUGGCACCAUUCAUGGAAGAUUGGGGAGGAGAACUAAGGAAGGCAUGGACCACCCUUAUGCAAUUCCGCACAGCCCGAACAGUGAAGGAGGUGGUUGUAGCAGCUGUCAAUAAGGUUAUUUGGACAGUGCAGUAUGUGAACAUUAGUGGACAGGUGAUAGAUGCUAUGGCUUUCUUCCUGGAGCAUGGAUGGACCAUUGUCACACAGACUGGUGUUGAGGCCUCUCAGAAAUAUAUCAAGGCCAAGACAAUGUUUAGAUGCACACCAGAAAAGGGAGAAUUGGAGCUGGUACAGAAGCUGCCUUUAGAUUGGCAUGCAUUUAAUCACAAGCCCAGCUGGCAGGAUCUGCCUGAAUACAGUCAAAUUGUAAAGAUGUUCAGCUUUUUCUCCUCAUCCUCUAAUACCACAUUGUUCAAGAUAUGGCACAAGAUGGUAAAGCUACGCUUCUCUCCCAGUAGUUUGUUCCCACCCUUCACAGCCACAGGAUACAUGAUUGGGGAACAACACUUCAUCACCUUUGACCAGCAGCACCUUGAAUACAAAGGACGGUGUCAGCAUCUCCUUGUGGCAGACAUGGUGGGAGGAAGAUGGGCUGUGUCAGUCAACUACCAUCAUCACUCCUCCCGCACUAUUAUUAUUUAUAUUCAUGAUUCAUACAUCGAGAUUGCAAAGGAUUUUAGGGUCUCUGUUAAUGGGAGAGCCACAGAAUUACCAGCAAGUGUUUCUUCAGUCUCUGUGCACCGCAGCUUACAUUCUCUGCAUGUGGACAGCCACCUCUAUGGAUUUAGAGUGAACUGGAAUCUUGCCCAGGAUGUUACAAGCAUAACUAUUCAUGGAUCAUACUUUGGGAAAACAGGAGGACUUCUGGGCCUCUACAAUUAUGAGCCCUAUGAUGACUUCCAGUUCCCAAGUGGAGAAUUAACAGAUGAUGGCACAAUGAUGGCUGAAAGUUGGGAUGUGAGUCCAGUACAUUGUGUGUCCACCGGUAAUAUUGCACGGUUGCCCUCCAAGAUUCCAAUUGAAGCCUGCACGCAACUUUUCCACAGCAAAGGAUCUCCUCUGAAAGGAUGCUUUUAUGAGGUGGAUUCAAAACCCUACUAUAACAUGUGUCUGGUGGACUACAACACACAUGCACCCUCUGAACAGAAUACCUGUACUGCUGCUGCAGCAUACAUGGAAGCAUGUGGCAUUAACAGUAUUCCUAUCAAGAUUCCUUCUUAUUGUGUGCAGUGUAAGUACAUGAAUGAUAACAUGCAGCUCAUGACAUUGGAGGAGGGUGUGCCUGUUGUGUUAGAGGAAGAGGACAUACUCAAAUCAACUGAUAUUGUUAUUAUCCUUGAAGCCCAGCAUUGCAAUACAAUACUUAGUGAGAAGAAACCUGUCAGUCGCUUUGGUACAUUUAUCAAGGAACUAAAUGAAGAACUACAAAACAGUGGUCUUCACAAUAUAAGGUAUGCCAUGGUGGUCUAUGGGGGAGAGCCACCAUUCUCCAUGCCAGUAGUAGCAACUGUCAACAACCGAAUCUUCACAGAUGCUAGCAACAUCAACAAGGCUUUGGAUCAUGUUAAAUUCAUGACUGAAGACUACAGUGAGCAUAUAGAUAAUUCCUAUGAUGCUUUUGUGGCCUAUUCAUUUGCUGCUAGCCUCAACUUCCGGGCAGGAGUCACCAUUUCCUUCAUCCACUUCCCCUGCCAGUCCUGUCAACCAUUCCUUCCCUCAAUGGAAUACAGCACUAUGUAUCACAUCCUGCUGGAGUACUCUGUCACCCUGCAUGUUUUCAAUCAAGAUCUCUUUGACAUACCCAAGGACAGAGAAAAAAAAAAGCUUCUAGGCAUAGAUAGGGAGUUGGCAUACACCAUGAAGGACACCAGAGGAUCAGGUCUGAAAGGAGACAGGGCAUUGAAGUCACAGGUGUCAAUACCCAAGGACAAGCUGGGCUACUGUGCUCCUCUGGCUCAUCAAACCAAUGGUACCAUUUUCACUUCUGCUAACCUUGUUAUUCCUGCAAGACAAGCUUCAAGGGCAAAUAGGAUCAAGAAGAAAAUUCAGAAACUUGCUAUAGUGUUUGGUAGACGUCUUGCCCUGACUGCUUAUCCAAGAGAGAAAAAGAGAUGUGUAUGUAUUCCAAGGGGACCAGAUGGAGGUGGCAUCAUUGAAUGUGACAACUGGGGCAGUGGACCUCUUGCAAUUCUGAGAGACUAUGGCUAUGACACAGAGAUCUCCUAUACACCUGAAACCAAUAGUGGAGAAGUAGGAUCAUGUAUAGAAAGAGGAGCUGAUGGUCGGUGUCUGCGGCUCAUGGAGAACUAACAGGCUGUCUGAUGCCAUUUGUCAGUCCAGCUCACACAAAUAAGUGAAUCACAGAGGCUUACAGCUGCAUUACUGAUCGGCCACUACUGAUGAAACUCAUCAAUUGGUGGACAUUUAUGAUGUCAGUUGGAUCACUCUGUGGAUGGUGGUAAACUUUGAAGGCUAUACAUUUCAUAUUGAUUAAAAUUCUUAAAUGAAGGCUGUCCGUUUUAAAUAUAAUUAACAUGUAAGAAGAUUUGGUUCAUUGGGUUGAGGAAAUAGUUGCCCAAUUUCUAAAUAAAAGUGAUUCACUCAUAGACAUGAAAUGAAUAAGUAAAUAAAUAAAUAAAUAAAAUACAGUGAAUUGAUGUGCAAAAAAAAAAAAAAAAAAAUCCUGUAUCUUUGUCAUCUCAUAUAGGUGAUCACUAUAGUGACGGUCACUGGGACAUAAGGCUGCAUCAUCGCACUCUGACAACUAUCAAUCAAGACAGAAUGAGAAAUGCUUAUUGUUAAUAAUAUAUGCAGACAUGCAUCAAUUAUCUGAAACUCAGAAUUUACUUUAUUUAGCAAUAUUCCUCAUUGUUGCUCCUAUGUAUUUAUUAAUUGAGAUAACUAUUCCUAAAAGAGCAUCACAUGUACAAUUUUUGGACAGUGUUGAAAAGAUAGGUUGCCAAAGUACCAUAAUGGAACCUUCAGGUUUUUCAAUUGUGAAUGUAAUUCGAUUUUAUUUCAUCUUCACUUACUUGUUCAUAUUUUUUAUUGAUUUUUAUUGUUAUUUAUUAUUACUUAUUUAUUUAUUAUUAUUAUUAUUAUUAUUAUUAUUAUUAUUAUUAUUAUUAUUAUUAUUGUUAUUAUUAUUAUUAUUAUUAUUAUUAUUAUUAUUGUUGUUAUUUAUUAUUGUUUAAUUUAAUUUAUUUUAUUAUUUUUAUUUAUUUAACUAUUAUUUAUUAUUAUUAUUAUUAUUGUUAUUAUUAUUAUUAUUAUUAUUAUCAUUAUUAUUAUUAUUAUUAUUAUUACUAUUAUUAUUAUUUUUUUUUAUUUAUUUUAUUUUACAACUAAGGAGCUUAAAGAAGAUCGCUGCUUGCAUACAUAGUUUCUUUAAUGGUUCGUAUAUAUACUUGUCUACGUUGUAAACAUAAGAGUUACAUUUAGUUAUAAUACUGCUCUUACAUCAUAACUUAAUUAUGGAUUAGUUAUUAGUGCAUUUGUUAUGCAUGUAGCAACUAUUGGGACACUAUUAGGGAAAAAAAAUUAUAUAUAUAUAUAUAUAUAUAUAUAUAUAUAUAUAUAUAUAUAUAUAUAUAUAUAUAUAUAUAUAUAUAUAUAUAAUUUUUUUUUCUCCCAUCCUUUGCAAAAUGCAGUCAUGAACACUGAAUGUCGCACCAUCAUCAUCUUCUGAUAACCUUUCUAUUGACAUGGUGUCUGAGACCAUGCAUGUAGUCUGCUGUAGGAUUACUUAUCACUUAUUAAUGUAUAUAUAUAUAUAUAUAUAUAUAUAUAUAUAUAUAUAUAUAUAUAUAUAUAUAUAUAUAUAUAUAUAUAUAUAUAUUCAGUUGUAAGUUUCAAAUAAUAAAAUUAAUACUGCCUUUAGUAUUCCUAAAGUAAACCACAUGCACAGUUUCAGACAUAGAAUUACUGCAAAGGGGGUUUACACAGGGCAGUUUGAGGCUGCUUCCAGUCAGGAGCGAGAUGCAGCUGGGACUUGCUGAAUUGCUGGGGCAAUCAUGGAAUCGCUUUAUCAGUCUGAUUGGCUGCCAUCCCAGCAAUUUUCCAGGGUCAAAUGAGAAGAACUAUCAAUAUAAAAUUGAAAAUAGGAAGAAUAUUGUUGGAAACUAUUUUACUAAUAAUCAUUGACUGUACCAUUGUAUACAAUAAAUAAGUAAAAUAUUUAAAUUUAUCAAAAAAGUGGAAAACAGACGUAGUUUGUUUACAAAAUUACUAAGAAAGCCAGAGGCCCAGCAUUCAUGUACCAGAAAGCAUCAUGAGCACCACAGCCUGUAAGGAUAUGUACACUAAGCACCAAUGAAUUGUUCGCAGCUUCACUACAGAUUACUUCCAGGAGGGACCUAUGAAAAUUUCCUCUAGUAUGGCACCCUAGUGAUUUAUGGGAGUUAUCAUGCAUCUGGGAACACGUUUAAAGUACGAGCAGUCGAUGAAAAACGUUGAUGGACCCUCAGUUGACAUUUGCCAGUUAAUAGCAAAACAUUCUUAAAGUAUCGCCUCACUUCUCACCAGUAAUUUGAGCAGACACGCCCUGACACAACUCACCUUAUUUUCAUAAUGGGAGGCAAAAAAGAUUGACAAAGAAUCAGAUCAAAGUUAUUGUGUCUUUACAUAAGGCAGAGAGGCCAGUGAGAGAAAUAGCCAGGAUUGUGGGUGUUACGAGAUGUGUGCAGAAGUGGAUACGAAAGUUUCGCAUGGAAGGCAGGGUGGCAACACCAGAACAGAAAAAGAGGCCUUGGCGACGACAUAAAACAUCAUCACGCACACUAAAUGUUGUGAAGCGUCAAUUGGAUACCUAUCCUCAAAUCACCGCGAGGGAAUUAAAAGAACAAAACCCUCAGCUGCUCGGGCAAGUGUCUGCGGGGACAGUACAGCGCUGCCUGCAAGACCAUCUUGAGUUCCGCAGACACCUUGCUCUCAAGAAACCACUCAUCACCCCUAGGCAACAAGAACGUAGGGUUGUGUUUGCCAUUAAAUAUUUCCAGCCAGUGGAAUAUGGCAAAAUAGCAGCAAGUGUUAUGGAGCGACGAAGCUGUCUUCACGGUGUCCUGCAACCAUGGCAAGCAUGUGUACCGGAGACCAGGGAGUGACCCACUUGACAAAAUUUAUAUUUCAGACUGAAAAUCACCCUGAUUCAUUGAUGGUGUGGGCCUGCUUCAGUUAUCAUGGUGUGGGAGAUUUAGUAUUUUUUUGUCAAGAAAUGAAAGCAUGAAUCAGAAUAAUUAUUUGGAACUUUGUGACCUUUUCCUUGGGUCUUUUGAAAUUUGCAACGCUACCAUAUUCAUGCAGGAUGGAGCUCCAUGUCACAGGGCAAAAUCCGCCCUGACAUGGUUUCACGACUGCCAGAUUGACUUUUUGGAGGAUUGAUCACCCAAUUCCCCCGAACCCUAUUGAAAACAUCUGGUUCAUCAUGAAGAGGUGCAUGCAGAGGAGGGAUAUCUCUGACAUAAUGAAGCUGCAGAUGGCCAUGAGGGAGGCAUAAUUUAAAUCAAGUAACCCUCAAUAACCUGGCUGAAUCUCUUCCUUCAAGGCUUCAAAAGUGUAUAAGAAGGAAGAGAAAACCCAUCAAUUACUAGUUUCCUCGUAAGUAAUAUAGUACUUUUGUUUUCUUCAGUCUAAGUACAUUCUAGCACCUGUGGUCUCACAGCGAAUAAUUCCUUGGCGCAUAGUGUAUACCUGGGACGAAACCACAAUCAUUUCUUCUUUUGCUUUUUCUUCAAGCACAGCAAAAUUGCAAUUGUAGCAACUAGCACAGAGAAGGAGGACUCCAUCUUGAUUGUUUAGUUUAUUAUGCAGCCAGCUAGCAGGCUAACAGUUGCUCUCCACUAUGUGAAUGCUUUUGGAUGAAACCUGCCAGGUGGAAAAACAGCCCCGUGUAAACCUACCUUAAUGGUUAGGAUGCCAAAAUGAGAUUGUGCAACCUUCGAUCCUACUGACUGGUACUAUGACUAUGCUUGAUGUGCGAAAUGGUGUACGUUAUUAUAAAUUAACUUUAUGUUUUCGGUUUGAUUAAAACUUAUAGUACAUCA